UUGAACGUUUAAUGGAAAGUUUUUGGAAAAUUUUAGAGCAUGCGUGUGCGCUUUACAUGUGGCAUGUUAUUUUGUGUAAAUGUUCCUGUUUCCUGUGGCUGUGUGUGCGUGUGUCUUUGAGUCUUUAUUGUUUUCGUUUGGUAAACAUUCGAUUUAGUUUCGAAAAAAUUUUGAAAAAAUGAAAGCUUCUGGUGUGCUUCGUCAAUACCGAAUCAUUGGCCGACAUUUGGUCAAUGAUAAUAAUCCACAUCCACCAUUGUAUCGGAUGACUAUUUUUGCUCCCGAUGCCAUCAUUGCUAAAUCACGUUUUUGGUAUUUUUUGGCUCGUUUGAAGAAAAUUAAAAAAGCUAAUGGUGAAAUUGUCGAAAUCAAAGAGAUACAAGAAUCGAAUGCGGCUAAACGUGUAAAGAAUUAUGGUGUAUGGUUACGUUAUAAUUCACGUACCGGUAGCCAUAACAUGUAUCGUGAAUAUCGUGACAUUUCCACCAACAAUGCUAUCACUGCUUGUUAUCGUGAUAUGGGUGCUCGUCAUCGUGCACGUGCCGAUUCUAUCCAAAUCAUCAAAGUGGAAGAGAUUGCCGCCAAUCAAUGUCGACGACCGCAUAUGAAACAAUUUCAUGAUUCAAAGAUUAAAUUUCCGUUACCGAAUCGGAUUAGCAGAAAUUUCCAUAAAUCUCGUUUCACAACACGUGUUCCACGGGCACGACUUUUGUAAUUUGUUUGAUUUCUUUCUUUUGAAAAUUCAUAUAAUUUUGCAAAAAAAUAAAAAAUGAUGAUAUCUUU